AUGCAAUCUAAGAAAACGUUUAGCCAGUUGAAAGCACAGAGCCAAAAGAAACACAUAUCAAAGGUAAGCAAAUCCAUUGUUGCAUUACUGGAAGUCAUUGCUCUUGGGGAUGCUGGUGCUUUAUGGGAAGCAGUGAAGAAUGCCAGGCUGGUUGAUGACGCACUGUCUGUAGAAAACGCCGAUCAAAGUGAAACGAUCUACUUAAGAGCUCUAACAGAAACAUAUGAACAUGGUACUGGUUGGGAAACACGAAGGCAAGUGCUGUCCAUAAAGGCAGAUUUGGUUCCAUUUUCGAAGCUUCAAGAGUAUCUACCAGGCAUAACCCGCUAUAGAGUUGUAUCCGCAAGACACCACAUUAAGAAUUAUGGUCGUGGAAUACCGCUGCCCGCUGCAAGAAGUACAAAGAUGCGAAUGGACUAUUCCCAGUUCGAUCAUUUUUGUCAUUCCUCACGAGUCCUCAUGUAA